GGGGCCAGGGUGACGUGCGAGCGCGAGGCCGGCGCCGCCGCCACGCGCCUCAUCCAGCUCACCGGCACGCGCAAGGAGGUGGCGGCCGCCAAGAAGCUCAUCGUGGAGAAGCUCAUGGAGGACGAGACGCUUCGCAGGGAGCUGGUGCUGUCGGCGGCCGUGCGGGGCCAGCGCAAGCAGCCCCUGGGCACCCGGAGGGAGGCGGCGGCGCUUCCCGACGCGGCUCCCGAGUGCGGCGCCGGGGACGGAGGCGCCUGCUGGGACGAGGAGCUGCUGGACCCGCUGCUGGACGGGGCCCCUUCCGAGGACGGCCCGGAGCCGAGCGCUGAGCACGCGGCCCCGGGGGAAGCCGCUGCAGGGCCCGGCUCCGCCACGCCAGGGUUCGAGGUCGGCAGCCCCGAUCUCGGCUUCCCCGCGGACGAGCAGCUCGAGGUCUACGUCUCGGCCGCGGAGAAUCCCAGCCACUUCUGGAUCCAGCUGGUGGGCGGGCGCAGCCUGCAGCUGGAGCGGCUGACGAGCGACAUGGCGCGGUUCUACGGGGGCGGCGGGCGCGCGGCGGAGCUCGCGGCCGUGCAGACGGGCGACAUCGUGGCUGCUCCCUACGUGGACGGCAGCGCCUGGUACCGGGCGCGCGUCCUGGGCACCCUGGACAACGGCAACCUGGAUCUCUACUACGUGGAUUUCGGGGACAACGGGGAGGCCCCGCGGGAGGCGCUGCGGGCCCUGCGGACCGACUUCCUGAGCCUGCCUUUCCAGGCCAUCGAGUGCAGCCUGGCUGGGAUCGUGCCCGUGGGCGACGCGUGGGAAGAGGCGGCGCUGGACGAGUUUGACCGGCUCACGGGCUGCGGCGGCUGGAAGCCCCUGGUGGCCAAGGUGUCCAGCUACGGGCAGGCCGGGCCGCGCACGUGGCCGCGCGUCUCCCUCGCCCGGAGGCGGCCUCGCCGGUGA